AGAUAUAUUAGAUCAUUUAUGAGUCGAUUUCUUUGGAACUCUCAUAAAAAUGUAUAAAAUUUGUAUCACUUUCUGUUUUCUAUCAAGCUUUGUCGCCAGCAUUGAAAUAAUACCAAUUUCAUCGGAUGUAUGGAAUCACACCUACUCUCCGCAUUGGGAUGUUGAGACACAAAGUCUUCAUUUUGUGGAUUUCUUAAGUGAAAAUCGAGUACUAAACCGAUAUGAUAUGUGUGAAAAUCGAAUAUAUUCGGCAACAAUUGAAACCAAUCAAGUGCCUGCUUUUAUGAUUCCACUUAAAAGGCGACCGUUUCAAUUUGCUGGCGGCAUCGACCGUUCUGUAAAAGUUAUAAAUUGGGAUGGAAGAGAUUCGGUUGCAACGAUAUCCAAAAACUUAUUCAGAGUUGAACAAUCAUCAAAAUAUGACGGCAAUUUUUGGAGCGUUUCCAAAGCUUCACCGUCAUCCAGAUUCUAUGGUGGCACAUAUCGCAGUGUGAUUUGUAGUCUAUCAUCGACGGCGAACGCUUCAUUGUAUCGCUAUAGCAAGAAUAUUGGCGUUGGUCGUCUUGUGAAGAAUUUAAAAGUUUCAGGUGGAAUCGAUUGGAAUGUAAAAGAGAGGAAGUUCUAUCAUGUUGAUUCUUGCAACGGCAUUAUUCGAGAGUUUGACUAUGACCCGAAAACUAUGAAUAUCUGUAAUGAACGAAUUGUUUUUAAAUUUCGUGAUAUUGAUGGUGAUAGAGUGCCGUCGUACAUUCCACUUGGGUUGACAAUUGAUACGAAAGGCUGUUUAUGGGUUGCUUUAUAUUUUGGUGGAGCAAUUUUGAAAAUUGAUCCAAAGAAAUCAAAAGUUAUGAGGAAAAUUGAAUUACCCACAGAAAUUGUGACUGGAGUCGCAUUCGGUGGUAGAAAUCUUGACAUAUUAUUUGCGACAACGGGAAGUAAAGCAUUCAGUCUAUCGUCAGGUGAAAUUUCAAAGACACCAUUUUCACCCGGUAGUGGUCACGUCUAUAUGAUUAAAGGCCUCGGUGCCAAAGGCUUCCCAGGAAGAGAAAUGUGUAUUUAAUUUGGAGGAAAUAUUACGAUUUUUUUGUAGUAAUCAUUGCACGUACACAAAUAAACUUUUAAUUUUGUAUUGUAUA